CCCCGAGUCCAUCCCGCCCCCGCCGGGAGCGCAGCGAGGACGCGGCGAGGCAGCCGCAGCGGCCUCUGCGUCAGGAGGCGGCGCGGCGGGGAGGUGCGGCGCCCGGCCGGGCGACCUGGCUCGUGUCCCCUGGCGCCCGCAGCCUCGCCCUCCCCCGCAGCCUGUCGGCGGCCGCAGCUCGGGCGGGCCGGGCACGUGGGCGCCUCCGUCACACCCUCACACACACACACACAAACACACACACACACACCCCCGCGCGCACGCACCCGCGCGCCUGCAUCCCGUGCUCUCUCCCUGGCCGACACACAGGCGCUCACGAGUCGCUCCUGGCCCCGGCCCGCAGGCAGCGACCCCCCUCCACCCAGACUCCGGGCCCGCCCUCGGCCAGCAGCGCCUGCUCUCCAGACGGCUCCUCGCGCCCGCGGGUCGCAGCCACCUGGCCCGACUCUGGCCACUGCUGCUACUGUCGGCACUUGGAAACAGCCCAGAGGCGCCCGGCCAAGGCACCCUGAGGCAUCCCCGAAGGACUAGUUGUUUCCAAGCCAAAGUAGAGCUGGCCGCAGGGUGGGGUCCGAGUGGGCCAGUCAGAAAGUUGCGAGGGUCGGGCCGGAACAAGGCGCUUCCAAGGUUCUAGAUACCUACAGAAUAUUGAACAAACAGAUCCAGAAUCCAUAAGACUUUAUCACCUUGAAUCAAGGAUUUCUUUGGUAUCCUCCUCCAUCUUUUAUUCAUAUCAACUAACACAUUUUUAAAAAGAAUUAAGAAGUUUGCCAAAAGGAAAGUAAAAAAAAAAAAACCAAAAAAAAAAACCCUACUACUACUACCCACACUUUCCAAUGCCGAAGAAUAGCAAGGUGGUAAAAAGAGAAUUAGAUGAUGAGGUUAUUGAGUCUGUCAAAGACCUUCUUUCUAAUGAAGACUCAGCUGAUGAUGCUUUUAAGAAGAGUGAACUAAUUGUUGAUGUCCAAGAAGAGAAAGACACAGAUGUUGAAGAAAGAUCUGAAGUCAAAGAUGAAAGACCAGCUUGGAACAGCAAGCUACAAUACAUCCUGGCCCAGGUUGGAUUUUCUGUAGGAUUAGGGAACGUGUGGCGGUUCCCAUAUCUCUGUCAGAAGAACGGGGGUGGUGCCUAUCUUUUGCCAUAUUUAAUACUACUUCUGGUAAUAGGUAUUCCCCUUUUUUUCCUGGAACUUUCCGUGGGUCAGAGAAUUCGGCGAGGAAGCAUUGGUGUGUGGAAUUAUAUAAGCCCUCAACUGGGAGGGAUUGGAUUUGCAAGUUGUGUUGUAUGCUUUUUUGUGGCUCUCUACUACAAUGUCAUCAUUGGCUGGAGUCUGUUUUAUUUUUCUCAAUCUUUUCAGCAGCCUCUGCCUUGGGAUCAGUGUCCUUUGGUGAAAAAUGCUUCACACACUUUUGUAGAGCCAGAAUGUGAAAAAAGUUCGGCCACUACCUAUUAUUGGUACAGAGAAGCACUGAAUAUUUCCAGUUCCAUUUCUGAAAGCGGUGGCUUAAACUGGAAGAUGACCAUCUGCCUGCUGGCUGCCUGGGUUGUGGUGUGCCUGGCCAUGAUCAAAGGCAUUCAGUCUUCUGGAAAAAUCAUGUAUUUUAGUUCUCUGUUCCCAUAUGUGGUACUUAUAUGCUUCCUAAUCAGAGCGCUCCUUUUAAAUGGUUCAGUUGAUGGCAUCCGUCAUAUGUUUACCCCUGAGCUUGAAAUCAUGCUGGAGCCAAAGGUGUGGAGAGAAGCCGCAGCUCAGGUGUUCUUUGCCUUAGGUCUGGGAUUCGGCGGCGUCAUCGCCUUUUCAAGCUACAACAAGAGAGAUAACAACUGCCACUUCGAUGCCGUCCUGGUGUCCUUCAUCAAUUUUUUUACUUCCAUCCUGGCAACACUGGUGGUGUUUGCAGUUCUGGGCUUCAAAGCAACUGUCAUAAAUGAGAAAUGCAUUGCAGAAAAUUCGGAAAUGAUCAUCAAACUUGUGAAAAUGGGUAACAUUAGUCAAGAUAUCAUUCCCCAUCAUAUCAACUUUUCAGCUAUUACUGCCGAAGAUUAUGACUUAGUUUAUGACAUCAUUCAAAAAGUGAAAGAAGAAGAGUUUCCCGCGCUUCAUCUCAAUGCCUGUCGAAUUGAAGAUGAGCUCAAUAAAGCUGUUCAGGGGACUGGUUUAGCUUUUAUUGCCUUUACAGAAGCGAUGACACAUUUCCCCGCAUCUCCCUUCUGGUCGGUGAUGUUCUUCCUCAUGCUGGUAAAUCUAGGGCUUGGCAGCAUGUUUGGAACCAUUGAAGGGAUCAUCACACCCGUUGUGGACACUUUCAAAGUGAGGAAAGAAAUCCUCACCGUUAUCUGCUGUCUUCUGGCAUUUUGUAUUGGCCUGAUAUUUGUGCAGCGCUCUGGAAACUACUUUGUUACAAUGUUUGAUGACUAUUCUGCAACCCUGCCUCUGCUAAUUGUUGUCAUUUUGGAGAAUAUUGCUGUAUCCUUUGUUUAUGGCAUAGAUAAGUUUAUGGAAGACCUAAAGGAUAUGCUGGGCUUUGCUCCCAAUAGAUAUUACUACUAUAUGUGGAAAUAUAUAUCUCCUCUAAUGCUGUUAUCACUGCUAAUCGCUAGCAUUGUGAAUAUGGGAUUAAGUCCUCCUGGCUAUAAUGCAUGGAUGGAAGAUAAGGCAUCUGAGAAAUUUCUGAGCUACCCAACGUGGGGGAUGGUCAUCUGUAUCUCUCUGAUGGUCCUGGCAAUACUGCCCGUCCCGGUUGUCUUCAUCAUCCGCCGCUGCAACCUAAUAGAUGAUAGUUCUGGUAAUUUAGCAUCUGUCACCUAUAAGAGAGGAAGGGUCCUGAAGGAGCCUCUAAACUUAGAGGGAGAUGAUGCAAGCCUCAUUCAUGGCAAGAUAUCAAGCGAGUUGUCCUCUCCAAAUUUCGGUAAAAAUAUUUAUCGAAAACAGAGUGGAUCACCAACUCUGGAUACAGCUCCCAACGGACGCUAUGGGAUAGGGUACUUGAUGGCAGACAUGCCAGACAUGCCGGAAUCUGACUUGUAGCUGGAGGUGGGGGGCGGGGGGGUGCAGAAAUCAGUGAGUGUUAUUUGGUUCAUUUUUUAUUAAUGAACAUUGGCUCUACUAAGAGAAGUGUCAGACUUCGCUUAUCAGAGGGCGAUCUCAGGUGUUCCGUGGCUGUGAUCUUUAAUCCUAAUGGUAAGGGUAAAUUCAGCUUGACCAUUCCUUUGGAUUCUUCGGUUUACAUUUGAGCAGAAAGAGUCACAGACAAAGCGUACAAUAACUGACUGAGGUCCACAUUGGUCGGAAGUUUUAAGAAUACUUCUGGCAUUUUUCUUUUCCAGGGAUUCCUAUCUCUAAAAAAAAAAAAAAAACAGGUGUUACCUCAGUUUCUAACAAUUUCUGGAUGUCAUGCUAUGGGCAACUCAAAAAUGGUGUACUUCAAAAUUGAUUUAAGUUUGCCUUCAGGGUAACCCCCAGGAUUAAAAUGAACAGUUCUGUAAGCUGGUGCCGCUCAGCACACUUCCAUGAACAUAUCGUGUAGAUAGGCUGCACUUAUUUUGGUAGCAUUGAUACCUUCUUAGGCAAUUAGUUGAAGAAAACUGCAAAGUAUUUUCUUAUGUAAUAGCUGUCUAGAGCAAUAGUAUCACAGAAUAAGAAGGCACUGAUGCUGGGAUGAAAGGUGAAAUUCGGAAGUGACUGGGGAUCAUGUGUGUGAUGGCUGUAUAUUUUGUGUAAAAUCCAUGUGUGUGAAAAUGAAUUAAGAAUGAGUCACUCAGCACUCUCAAGAAUUAUGCUGAUUCCGCAUUUUCUAUGCCGUGUGCCUAAAAACCUACUUGAUAUUUAUUGUGGUUUCAAGAUUACUCAUAGUAUAUUUCUAUAAUAUACUCGCAGUGUAUAUAGCUGUAUAUUAGUACUCAAAGUACUGAUUUGAAAACUUGAAGCAAGAUGGCAUUUUAUUUCAUAUCUUUCUGUUUUGCUUCUGUUUUAUGCAAAUAUAAAUCCUUUUUUAAGUGAUUGUUAAAAUUGUAUGGCAUUACAUUUUAAGCAACAAAUAAAGUUCAAAAAUGA